AUGUGUUUUAAACAUAUUUCAGCAACCAUGGAGUCAGAAUCCAAGCCGACAGCAGGAUAUCAGAUCUCUCAUCCUCCACCUGGAGAUGAAGUCUGCAUCACCGGCAUCUCCGGUUCAUUUCCAGACUCUGACUCAGUAUUUCAUUUAAAGGAAAAUCUAUUCAACAAGGUCGACCUGAUAUCAGGAGAUAGUCGUCGCUGGAAAAUGACUCACCCUGACAUCCCGCAGCGUACUGGCAAGAUAAACAAUCUGGAUAAAUUUGACGCUUCCUAUUUUGGCCUUAACUACAAAGAGGCACAUACUAUGGACCCCGCGUCAAGGAUCAUUUUGGAGAGGACGUAUGAAGCUAUCAUCGACGCUGGUUUCAAUCCAGAGGAGCUACGUAAUACCAAGACUGGUGUGUUCGUUGGUUGCUCCGUUUCAGAGUCUGAGAAAACUUGGUUUUAUGACAAAAUGCAUGUAAACAAUUAUGGAAUGACAGGCUGCUCCAAAACCAUGAUAGCUAACUGCAUCUCUAUCUGGCUUGGGGUGCAAGGACCAUCUUUUAGCUUGGACACAGCUUGUUCCAGUUCUCUUUACGCUUUCGAGCUUGCCUUCAAAUCCAUACGUAGUGGAAAAUGUGACGCGGCUAUUGUUGGAGGAGCAAACUUGUGUCUUCAUCCUUAUAUAUCUUUACACUUUUCUAGGAUGGGUAUACUAUCACCUGACGGAAGAAGCAAGAGUUUCGAUAAUAGUGGAAAUGGUUAUGCCCGUUCUGAAACUGUUGGCGUUUGCUUUUUACAGAAAGCAAAGGAUUCAAGAAAAGUAUAUGCCCAAGUAAUACACGCGAAGACUAACUGUGAUGGGUACAAAGACCAAGGCAUUCACUAUCCUUCUGGUGAUAUGCAGAAGGUUCUUCUUGGUGAUAUAUAUGAGGAGUGUGGUAUUCUACCGUCCUCAAUCGAGUAUAUAGAGGCACACGGAACAGGUACCGCAGUAGGAGACCGAGAAGAACUUCAAGCCAUAGAGGACGUUAUGUGCACUGGGCGUUCCGAACCUUUACUUAUUGGCUCUGUCAAAUCUAAUUUGGGUCACAGUGAACCGGGUUCUGGUAUUUGCGCUAUCGCGAAGCUCUGCAUCGCAUAUUCGACCGGAUAUAUUCCUCCAAACUUGCACUAUAAAGUUCCUAAAAAAGGAAUAGCCGCUUUGGUGGACGGAAGAUUGAAAGUGGUGACGGAGGCGCAGCCGUGGGGUAGAGGAUUGUCUUGUAUCAACAAUUUUGGUUUCGGAGGAGCUAAUGCUCACGUAAUUUUCAAAAAUUACGAGAAAACAAAGGUUAAUAAUGGAUUACCAUCAGAUGAUCUACCUAGAUUGGUCUGCGUAUCAGGUCGCGUCUAUUCAUCAGUGGCUAGGAUUCUAGAUGACAUGGAGUCCAGAACGGUUGAUAUUGAGCUUAUUAGACUUUUACACGAAAUACACAAAAAUAAUAUCAAGGGCCAUUUUUAUAGAGGAUUUACACUUUUAGGUUCCACACCAACAAAAAGCGUGUCUUUAGCUCGAAGUACUCAAUAUUUUUCAGACAUCCGCAGACCGGUAUGUUUUGUAUACUCAGGUAUUGUUCAAGAGUCUCAAUGGACAAAAAUUGCUUCAGAGCUCAUGAGGAAGAUCCCUGUGUUCGCUUCUGCUAUCGAGAGAUGCCACGAAACAUUAAGACCUAAGGGCUUAAAUCUGAAACAGAUCAUAAAUGAACCUGACUCUAAGACUUACAACAAUGUCCUUAACUCUUUUAUCGGCGCCGCUGUUGUUCAGAUCGGUCUAACGGAUAUCUUAAAGGUUCUUAGAAUUGACCCAGACUUUAUUUUAGGCGACAGUGUAAGUGAAUUAGGUUGCGCAUAUGGAAAUGGUUAUUUGAAUAUUGAGCAGAUGAUCCUGGCGGCUUAUGCUUUGGGUUUGAAGGCUAUGGAAAACCCAUCCAUCAAAGGAUCUAUAGUAACUCCAACAGUCGACAGCCUUGGAUAUAGUGAGAGUUCAUUGUCCUUCGAAGAGAGUGUUCGUUUGAUUCCUGCCAACGCAAUUGCUAUAGAGAUCGGACCAGACGGCGUUUUACAGGAUCUUUUAAACUGUUUAUCCGAAAAAAAUGCUGUCCAUGUCCCUUUGACAAAUAGAACACAUCCCGAUAUUGUACAGAUUCUUUUCACGGCUUUAGGAAAAUUGUACGAAGCUGGAUUGAAUCCGCAUCUUGCCAACGUCUACCCGGUCGUGGAGUUUCCCGUUUCGCAAGGAACACCCAUGCUUGCUCAUCUCGUCGAAUGGAAGCACAGCGAAGAUUGGAGUGUGGUUUCAUAUAAAAUUAUGAAUGAAAUAUUGUUGAAUGAAAGGACGGUAAAUAUAUCCAUAGCUGAUGAAGAAAAUACUUAUAUGGUUGGCCACGUGAUAGAUGGUCGCAACCUUUUUCCUGCAACCGGUUACCUAGUAAUGGUUUGGGAAACGCUCGGUAUGAUAAUGGGACAGCUGUACACGGAAUUGUCUGUUGUAUUUGAAGAUGUGCGCUAUCAUAGAUCUACAAAUAUUCCCAAAAACGGGCAGUUGGAGUUUAUCAUUUCGAUUCAAAAAGGAAGUGGAUGCUUUGAGAUUGUAGAAAGCAGAUCGUCUAUUGUCACUGGACGUAUCAGAGUUAAAGAGAACGUUGGUAAAGAGUUUCGCUUGAUUCCGACCGAACCUGAAUCAACAGGACCAAAUGUUAAACAUAUGCUUACAAAAGAUUUUUACAAGGAGACACGCUUAAGAGGUUACCAUUACAGCGGUCUAUUUCAAGGAGUGCUAGGGUGUAACGUGGAAGGCACUCGUGGUCGUUUGGCCUGGAUCAACGAGUGGGUCACGUUUUUAGACUGCAUGCUGCAAAUGAGGCUUAUAGGAAAUGAUACGCGAGGACUCUAUGUUCCUACCAGGAUUGAAAAAUUAUCCAUCGAUGUAAACAUGCAUAAUGAUGCCAUCACUAAAAUGAACAUAGAAUACUUGAGACAUUCAUUUGAAGUUAGGGUCUAUCCUUAUGCAGAUGUUAUAAGGGCCGGCGGUGUAGAAAUUCGAGGACUACAUACAACUCCGAUUCAAAAGAAAGUUUCUCUUAUCACUCCAGUGUUAGAGAAAAAUAUAUUUAUACCUAACUUCGGAAAGUCAACGAUGAGGAUUGAAGACAUUUUAAGAAGCAAUAUUCAGCUUAUUCUAGAAAACAUACAGACUUACAAAGUAAAAAGUAUUGAAAUUGUUGAUGAUGAGUACACAACUAAAGGACUUGAACCAAUAAUUAAUAAAGUGGCAGAUGUACUAAAUGAUCUGCCGCUAAUACAAGCUGACCUAUAUGUUGUAUCUAAGAAUCCUAUAGAAAUGCCAUCGUUUAUUAACGUAUUAAAUAGACAGCAGAGUGGAAAAACGAACGCUGUUUUACUUAUUGGUGCUAAUUUGCUGGAGAGACCUAAAAUAUUAAAAGAAGCUUUGUUGAGUCUCCGUAAUGAAGGCUUUAUUGUAAGCCGAGAAAUAAGACCCAUAAAUGCGAAAGACUUCUCUAAUGAAUAUGACAUCAUUGGUAUACAAAAUACCAGCUCCGAAUAUAUAGUACUAUUUCGAAAAAGAAUUGCUCCCAAACCAACUAAUUUUAUUAAAAUAGUUACAAGUGAUGAAAAGUACAAAUGGAUUGACAAAGUUAAAGAAGGACUUGCAGUUGGAGAAAAACUUGUCAUAUAUAGUCAAGAUGAUCAAGUAAAUGGAUUAUUGGGUUUGGUCAAUUGCUUGAGAAGAGAACCUGGUGGAGAAAAAAUCCGUGGCCUACUGAUUGCAGAUCCAACUGCACCACCAUUUGAUCCAGAUUUAGAAUUUUAUAAAAAGCAGUUGGAUAUGGAUUUAGCUAUAAAUGUAUAUUAUGAAGGACAUUGGGGGACGUACCGUCACCUAUUACUAAAUGAUCUUGAAACAGUCCGAGCGCAUCACGCUUUUGUAAAGACUGCUCAUAUUGGAGACUUGUCCUCGCAACAGUGGUUGGAGGGACCUAUCAAGGAGAAUCAGUUUUUUACAAAAUCAAAUUUUAUCCAUAUUGAUGUGUACUGUGCAGCGCUUAAUUUCCGCGAUGUGAUGAUAGCAUCGGGUCGCAUUGCCGUUGACGCCGUAACGCAUGACCGUCUUGUGCAAGAGUGUAUGCUGGGAAUCGAAGUCGUCGGCAGGACUAGAAAUGGCACCCGAGUGAUGACCAUGGUAGACAAUAAAGGCUUGUCAAACGUAGUAGAAGCAGAUCGCAAUGUUGUGCUUUACAUUCCUGACGAGUGGACUUUCGAGGAGGCCGCCACUGUACCUAUGGCUUAUGGGACUGCAUACCACGCUCUGGUAAUGGUAGGAAAGAUUCAAAAAGGAGAAUCGAUCUUGAUCCAUGCCGGUUCUGGUGGUGUCGGUCAAGCCGCCAUCAAUGUUGCUCUCCAUUAUGGAGCCGAAGUGUUCACAACUGUCGGUACUCAAGAGAAACGAGACUUUAUAAAAAGGCUGUUCCCUCAACUCAAAGACAGCCACAUUGGUAACUCUCGAGAUACAUCUUUCGAAGUCAUGAUAAAAAAGCAAACAAAUGGAAAAGGAGUCGAUUUGGUUCUUAACUCUCUAGCAGAUGAAAAAUUACAGGCCUCAAUACGCUGCCUCGGAUACCGUGGUCGUUUCCUUGAGAUCGGAAAAUUUGAUGUCAAUAACAACACUCUUAUCGACAUGAAUUUCUUCCGAAACGAGAUCUCUUUCCAUGGAAUUAUGCUCGACCUCAACCUGCAUGACACCGAAUUUUCAAAGAUCCUUCGAGAUCUAGUGGUAUCUGGAGUUGAAACUGGAGCUGUCCGACCGCUUACGUAUUGCACCUUCGAAAAGAAUGAAAUGGAGAAAGCAUUUAGGUACAUGGCUGCUGGCAAACAUAUUGGAAAAAUUGUGUUCAAAAUUCGUGAUGAGGAAUGUGAAGAUAAUACAGACUUCACUAAACCAUUGAUUCAGUAUAUUGACGCCGUACCAAGAUAUAACUGCGAUCCAGACUUAGUGUAUAUCAUAGUAGGAGGUCUUGGAGGCUUUGGGCUGGAACUCGCAGAUUGGCUCAUCUUGAGAGAAGCCAGGAAAUUAUUGCUAGCAUCGAGGAAAGGAGUUAGUAAUGGUUAUCAGUCGUUACGUCUGAGUACUUGGGCGAGUUAUGGUGCAGAAGUGCGAAUUUCUACCCACGACAUUACGACAGAAAAGGGCUGCGAAGAAAUGUUGAAAAUGGCGAAUUCUAUGGGAACUGUUGCAGCUAUAUUCAAUUUAGCUGUAGUUUUGGAGGAUCGCGUCUUUCAAAAUCAAACUCCAGAAACUUUCAAAACAUCAUUCGCGCCUAAAGCCUUAGUUACGAUGAACUUGGAUAAGCUCUCACAAAAAUUGUGUCCAAAAUUAAAAGACUUCGUGAUUUUCUCAUCGGUAUCUUGCGGUCGUGGUAAUGCUGGUCAGUCUAACUAUGGCUUCUCUAACUCUGUAAUGGAAAGGAUCUGCGAACAAAGAAAAAAGCUUGGUCUGCCCGCUCUUGCUAUACAAUGGGGUGCCAUUGGAGACGUUGGUCUUGUAGCAGAUAUGAAAAAUGACGACAUCGAAAUGGAAAUCGGUGGCACUCUUCAACAGAGGAUUUCCUCCUGUCUCCUAACGCUUGAUAAAUUCUUAAGACAGGAUAAUGUAAUAGUGUCUUCAAUGGUUUUGGCCCAGAAAAAAUCCAGUGAUGAAGGUGGUAAUAUAGCAGAAAUUGUCGGUCAGAUCUUAGGUAUUAAGGAUGUAAAGACAGUGUCAAAUCAAGUAUUUCUAGCGGAUUUAGGUAUGGAUAGCAUGACGGCUAUAGAGAUCAAGCAAAUUCUUGAAAGGGAGUACGAGAUAUUUUUAACACCAGAUAGUAUUCGAUCACUGACAUUUGCUAAGUUAAUAGAAUUAACCACUCAAAGUGAAACAGACGAUUCAAAAACAAAACCAGUUAGUCUAGCAAGUCCUGAAGACUCAGCUGCUUUACGUGUCCUUAUAAAGAAUUUUGGUGACGAAAAGUUGGCAGAAGAACCUUUUAUAUACCUGCCAACUAUGUUUGACGAUGGCAGUGAUAAUCUUUUAUCCAAUCAAGAAAAUGAAAUGAUCAUGUUCGUGUUUCCCGGUAUGGAGGGUUGUGCUUCGGGAAUGGCGAACCUAUGUCGUCAACUAAAGAUUAAAGUUUGCGUACUCCAAUACUGCUAUGAUGAAAAAGACGACACCUUGGAUAAGCUGGUUGAAAAGUCAUACAAGACGAUUAAAGAAAGAUUAAGCGCAAGCCGUCCUUACAUUCUUCUUGGAUAUAGCUUUGGUACUCUACUCGUGUUGAAAUUAGCUCAAAUUUUGGAAAGUGAAGGUCAUAGUGGCAGAGUCUUUUGUAUAGAUGGCAGUCCGGAAUUUCUCAAAGUGGUAACCAUGUCUAAUUUCUCUUUCAAAAACGAUACAGAAUUGCAAAAUCGCCUAAUUUGCUAUACUAUUGACUUAGUGGCUCCAAGAAAUAAAGUCCUGAAUAAUACGCUUAUGGAUGAACUCAAAGACAUAGAAUCAUAUGAUGAGAGAAUCAAAUACGGUAUUAAAGCAUGUCCAGCUCUGAAAAUAUACUCGGAUAAAUUCAUAGAAUCGGUCGCUAAAGCUUUUUAUAAUCGUGCAAAAAUAGUUCUAAGUAAUAAUGAAAUAAAGAAAAUAAAAGCGCCAAUAGUUCUCAUACGCCAGAAAGAAAUUCCAUUCAGUGGACUUAAAGAAACUUAUGGUUUGGAUGGAUUUACUGACAGCCACGUAACGGUUCAUCUUCUUGAUGAGAAUCAUGUAACUAUAAUUGAUAGUAGAGAAUGUGCUAAUAUUAUAAAUAGUAAUUUAUUUGCACAAAGCAGAGAGAAGGUUUAAAACAGUGAUAGCAAAUGGAUUUAAGCGAGUAAAUCAAGUUAUAAAACUUAACAGCAAGCAUUGUACUUCAUAAAAUUUUGUUGGGGAAUAUGGUAAUAAAUUAAAUAUUAAAACGUU